AUAAGCCACGUAGGGUGCUCUAAAACCACAUCCACUCCUUAAAAAAAUCCCAUUUGGCUUCCCCCAUUCAUUGGAGCUAUUUAUGUAGCUCGCCCCAUCCCUAAAAUCCCCAUUCUUUCCCUCACGAAAUCCCUCCAUUUUUCAAGAUGGCAGCAUCAUCAGCAUGCCUUGUGGGGAAUGGGUUAUCUACCCACGGUACUAAGCCAAAUUUGAGCAAGGACUUCUGUGGCAGGCAUCUCUUGCACCCUUCAGCUCUUCCAUCGUUGGGUAAAGUGACAAAAACAGUUCUCACAAAGGCGUCGCUAGACCAAAGGCAAAACGAGGGAAGAAGAGGCUUUCUCAAGUUGUUGCUUGGGAAUGUGGGAAUAGGAGCACCAGCUAUACUUGGAGCGGGGAAUGCUUUGGCCGCCGAUGAUCAAGGUGUCUCUUCUUCAAGGAUGUCUUAUUCCAGGUUCUUGGAGUAUCUGGACAAGGGCAGGGUGACUAAAGUUGAUUUGUUUGAGAAUGGAACCAUUGCUAUUGUUGAGGCUGUUUCUCCUGAGUUAGGGAACCGAUUGCAGCGGGUUCGUGUUCAACUUCCGGGGCUAAGCCAAGAGCUCCUCCAGAAGUUCAGGGAAAAGAACAUCGACUUUGCAGCACAUAAUGCUCAAGAAGACUCGGGCUCUCUUUUAUUUAACCUGAUUGGAAAUCUUGCUUUCCCACUAAUUUUAAUUGGGGGUUUGUUCCUACUCUCAAGGCGUUCAUCCGGGGGCAUGGGUGGUCCAGGUGGGCCUGGAUUUCCUCUACAAUUUGGUCAAUCUAAAGCCAAGUUCCAAAUGGAACCAAACACCGGAGUGACAUUUGAUGAUGUUGCUGGGGUAGAUGAAGCCAAGCAAGAUUUCGUGGAGGUGGUCGAGUUCUUAAAGAAGCCUGAGAGGUUCACUGCUGUUGGGGCUCGAAUUCCUAAAGGUGUUCUUCUUGUUGGCCCUCCGGGAACCGGAAAGACUCUGCUAGCAAAGGCAAUUGCUGGUGAAGCUGGUGUUCCAUUUUUCUCCAUCUCAGGUUCUGAGUUUGUUGAAAUGUUUGUUGGUGUUGGUGCUUCCCGAGUUCGUGAUCUUUUUAAGAAGGCCAAGGAGAAUGCACCUUGCAUUGUAUUUGUUGAUGAAAUUGACGCUGUUGGACGGCAAAGAGGAACUGGAAUUGGUGGAGGGAACGAUGAAAGGGAACAAACCCUUAAUCAGCUUUUGACAGAAAUGGAUGGUUUUGAGGGCAACACUGGUAUCAUUGUGGUUGCAGCGACUAACAGGGCAGAUAUUCUUGACUCUGCCUUACUGAGGCCUGGCCGGUUUGACAGGCAGGUGUCUGUUGAUGUCCCAGACAUUCGAGGAAGAACAGAGAUCUUAAAGGUUCAUGCUAGCAAUAAGAAGUUUGAUGGAAGUGUUUCCCUUGAUGUUGUAGCCAUGAGGACACCCGGCUUCAGUGGGGCUGAUCUCGCAAACCUCCUUAAUGAAGCAGCUAUAUUGGCUGGUCGACGUGGGAAGUCAGCAAUUUCAUCUAAAGAGAUUGAUGAUUCAAUUGAUAGAAUAGUGGCUGGAAUGGAAGGAACAGUAAUGACAGAUGGAAAGAGUAAAAGUCUGGUGGCAUAUCACGAAGUUGGGCAUGCCAUCUGUGGGACAUUGACUCCAGGGCAUGAUGCUGUUCAAAAGGUGACAUUAGUCCCUCGUGGUCAGGCUCGGGGUCUUACAUGGUUUAUUCCUGCAGAUGAUCCUACCUUGAUCUCCAAGCAGCAACUGUUUGCAAGAAUUGUUGGUGGACUUGGUGGUAGAGCCGCAGAGGAAGUGAUCUUUGGCGAGCCUGAGGUGACAACAGGUGCAGCUGGUGAUUUGCAGCAGAUCACUGGUUUGGCCAAACAGAUGGUCACCACCUUCGGAAUGUCUGAUAUUGGACCAUGGUCAUUGAUGGAUGCGUCCCAGAGCGGUGACGUCAUUAUGAGAAUGAUGGCAAGGAACUCAAUGUCAGAAAAGCUUGCUGAAGACAUUGAUACAGCUAUUAAGAGAUUAUCGGAUGAAGCAUAUGAGAUUGCGUUGACCCACAUAAGAAACAACCGGGAAGCCAUUGACAAGAUCGUGGAGGUCCUUCUUGAAAAGGAAACAAUGACCGGGGAUGAAUUCCGGGCACUCCUAUCCGAAUUCGCUGAAAUCCCAGUUGAAAACCGGGUCCCUGCUGCAGUUCCGUCGCCUGUAGCUGUUUAGAUAGUGCAACUCAUACCGUCAUCGACACUUAGCUAAACAUCUAUAGUUGGUAAAGGUGUAUAAAAGCUGUAAUUUUUUGUAUUACUUGUAGCGUAACGUGAUGACCAAAUAUACAUGGGCAUGAAAUUCCUCCACUCUGCAGUCUUUUAUUGAUCUUUUUGUGUUCUACA